GAUUGUCGAGGAAAUUAAUAAAAGUGAAAAAACACUCGAGUCAUCUUCGGGAGUGAAGAAGCGACCUGCAUAUCUCCCCCGACAAAAUCUAGAGAGAGAAAGAAGAUGCGAAUGUUUAGUCCUGCGUGAGAGGACGAUCCGAGGUCGAGGAAGGAGGAGGAGGACGAGGACGAGGAGGACGACGUCGAGGAAGGAGGAAGCUGUCCGAAAGGUCUUCUAUUUGCUCUCUCGCUCCGUGAUGGAAGGUGGAUCCCCAGACCGGGAAUCAGUGGGGUCUGAGACAAAAAGGUCCAGUGUAUCAUCUGGUAGCAGGUCCAAGAAUCGCAAAGAAUUCCUUCGCAAAUUCAUGAACCAUGAGCAUUUAACUGGAAAACUUGAGGAUUGGUUUAUAUCAAUAUCAGAGGGUGGAGCAACUAGAGAACCUGCUUUUGAUGUUCCAUUUGAGUUGGUGGAACUACAAAAGUUUGACUAUGCAUUAGAAGGGGUCUCAUUUGAGCAGCUAAUUCGAAUGCCAAGUGCUGUUUAUGCAUCGGCCUCAGAUGCCGUGGAAGCUACUGCUUAUCUUGCAAUUGAAGAUUUUCUACAUGCAAGUGUAAAGGGCUUGUGGGAGGCAUUCUGGAGUCAGGAUGAGCCAUUGCCAUUCGCAGUUGCUUGCCUGUAUGGGCCAAACUUCAAAUUUUACCAGGCUGAGAAAGCAAUUGCUAAUGGAAAGAUUGAGAGUCUUUGCGCAACUGGUCUGAUGCUUAAGAACCCAAGACAUCCACAUGGAAAAUGGGAUCACAUUCUUGAAUUGGCUCUUCUGAGGCCUGAUAUUGGAGGUCUCCCUACGGAUAGUGACCGACAGCCUUCGCUCUCUGUUUUAGGUGAAGCUCUUUUUUAUGCUGUUCGUAUGCUAUUAUCAAGGAGCAUAAGCAGAUUAGCUUUAACUCAGGGUUUUAAUUCGGCUUUUAUACUCCUUGUUGACUCUCAGUACGGUCGGGUUGUAAAGGUCGAUGGAGAUGUAAAUAAAAUGGAGUUUGAUGUAAAUAACGUUUAUGAAUGUGCCGCUGAGUGGAUUAAAGCGCACUGUUGCAUUUCAGUUUCUCCAGUUGAUCGAAUCUGGAACAAACUCGGAAAUGCUAAUUGGGGAGACAUUGGUGCUUUACAGGUACUUUUUGCUACCUUCCACUGUAUAAUGCAAUUUGCCGGGAUGCCUAGGCACUCGAUUGAAGAUUUAGCUGCUGAUCAUGGUGCUCGCCUACAAACAAGAAGAAUGGAGAGGCAGUUAGGAGAUGUGAGGGCAAAUGGGAAUGGUCUAUUUAGAUUUCAGCAGCGCAGUGUUUCCCCUGAAAUUGUUGAAGUCCAGGAGGAAUCUGCGAAAAUAGAACCUGAAGAAUUGAUGAGGCUAGAAGUAGGAUCUGUGCUAUGGAUGGAGGAUUCGAACUGGCAAAAGGGCUAUCAGAUAGAUGAAGUCUUGAAUGAUGGUGAGCUUCCAUAUUAUGUUGCGUCCCCUGUUGAAGAAUCGGGAAAAUCUCUAUUUCUUUAUGUUGGCUCUCCUCCUUCUCAGUUGGAACCAGCUUGGGAAGAUAUGAAUUUGUGGUAUCAAGUCCAGAGGCAGACUAAAGUACUCACUGUAAUGAAACAGAAAGGUCUAUCUAGCAAAUACCUGCCUCAGAUCAGUGCGUCGGGAAGAAUUAUUCACCCGGGUCAAUGUCGGAGACCAAGCCCUGGUGGAAACUGUGACCACCCUUGGUGUGGUACUCCAAUUCUUGUCACCAGCCCAGUUGGCGAAACGGUUGCUAACAUGGUAACUGAAGGCCGAUUCGGUUUGGAUGAAGCAAUCCGCUGUUGUCAUGAUUGUUUAUCUGCACUCUCAGCCGCAUCUUUUGUUGGCAUUCGUCAUGGAGACAUUCGGCCGGAGAAUGUAAUCUAUGUUAGAUCUGGCAUGAGGUAUCCUUAUUUUGCCCUCAUUGGCUGGGGACAUGCUAUUCUCGAAGAUAGGGACCGUCCAGCGAUGAAUCUUCACUUUUCGUCUACUUAUGCACUACAGGAAGGAAAGCUUUGUUCUGCCUCAGAUGCAGAGAGUUUGGUUUACUUGCUUUACUUCUUCUGUGGUGGGGUUUUGCCCGAUCUUGAUUCGGUGGAGGGGGCUCUUCAAUGGAGAGAGACCUCUUGGUCAAGGAGGUUGAUUCAGCAGAAGCUUGGCGAUGUUUCCACUGUUCUAAAAGCUUUUGCGGAUUAUGUUGACAGUCUCUGUGGGACACCCUAUCCCAUGGAUUAUGAUAUAUGGCUCAGAAGGUUGAGGAGAAACAUCCGUGAGGAAGAUCACGGGAAGGAAAUUGACACGUCUGGUUGAGACAUUUCAAAUUGGCUGGUGGCAGAAGGUAAAAAAACUUGGAACUUUCCAUUGGUCAUUGUCACAUCUUGACUGAUUGGGGGUAGAUGUAUCUGAGACCGAAACCAACUAUAUAAAUUCAAUGGAUUUUCUGGACUGGAACCUGUCUUGGAACAGCAGGUUGUCACAGUAACCGGUUGAUGGUGUCCCGUCGUGCGGUCAGAUUCUCGUUUGAGAGCAUUCCCUUAUUGUCUGGGCAUCGUCAAUGGCUCUUGCAUGGCACAGGUGAGUCACGCUCUCAGGACUCUCAACAGCUCUUUGAACCUGUUUCUGAGCUCAAAUGUUUUCGAGUUCGGUGGAGAACAUGCUCCAGCAGCUGCAGCAUCCUGUUGGGUCCUCACUGGUUUCCCACACCAGCGAUGUGCUUCUCCUGGAUGUCAGUUGUAUUUUUGUUGUUAUUGUUUCUUUGUAUAGAUGUGGCCAUUUCCAUGGUGUUCAAAGUUGUGAAAUUGAUGGGUCGGGGGGGUAUCAUUGUAUCAAAGAGCACUAAGUGUAUAGGGAUCAGUUUUUGCCUUCUCUCCUUUUAGUUUCCCCUUUUUACUUUUGUACAUCACAAUUAGUUUUUGGUGUUUGGGGGAUAGUCUGAGUUCCUUUGGAUCCAUAGCGUUUAUCCUGUUCAGUUGAUCCUCUACUGGUGUUUUCUUUUCCCCGGGACACUAAUUUCACGGACUUCCACUUUUCCGCAUU